AUGCAGAAGCAGAAAGCUAGAGAUCCAGCUGCUCUCCUGAAGGACCAAUCACACAGCUGCUUCAAGGUCAGGGGAAUGGCCUGCUCUACCUCAGCCUCAGCCCAGACUCACACCAGAGAAAGAGAGAGAAAGAGAGGAAGACUGUUUGAUUCAUGAUCUAUAGAAACAGAUGUGGAUCUGUCCAUAUAAGGACGUUAAGGACCUUUUCUCUCCUAUGCUAACUGUGCCCAUAUGAUACAACACAAUCAAACAUUCCAUUCAUCUCACCAUACAGGAGCUCACUUGUCAGAUUAGACAGUACAACCAGCCAUUCAUAUAUCCUUACUGUAUAAAGCCACAGACAUCACUGGUCCCUGUGGUGGACUCGCAAUGUCUCCCCCUAGUGGUUCAGAAUGGGAAUAACAGCAGUACUGCAGCGAGGAGUGGUUCUACACUUCUGACAGACACACUAAUACUGCACUGACUCAUUUACCCUUCACCAAGUCUGGACUGUUAAGCUGCUGACAGUUUUCUACUUUACAGUUCAAUGCUUUCCCUUUCCUCUCUUUUCUUCUUUAGUGUUUUCAUCUAAACCCCAACUACUACCCCCCCUCUCUCUCCUCUCUCUCCCCCCCUCGAUCUCUUCUCUAUAAGCACCAUCAUUGAACCCCCUCUCUCCCUCUCUCUCGCCAUCUCCUCUGCAGAAGUGUUUGCGGUUCAACCCGGAUGCGACCGUGUGGAAGGCCAAGCAGCAGGUGCUGUGUUCUCUGACCGAUUCGUUGCGGGACGUGUUGAACUACGGCCUGUUCCAACCAGCCACCGAUGGCCAUGACGCCAAGUUCCUGGAGGAGGAGAAGAUGCUGCGAGAGUACCCACAAUCCUUUGAGAAGGGUGUACCAUAUCUGGAGGUAUAUACAGCCUGGAUGUAAGGUUACUCUGUAAGAUUACUCUAAGGUUACUCUCAUUCUGUGGGUUAUACUGUAAGGUUACUCUCUGUGGGUUACUCUGUGGGCUACUCUCACUCUGUGGGUGGAAACUGUGAUGUAAACCUGUACUAUUUCUUUCUUUUUGUAUUUUUUCAUUGAGAGGAGGAGGAAGAGGAGGAGGAGGGAAGUUAUGGGUAAACUAGAUAAAGCAUCAGUUUGCAAUACAUCUGCAGGCUCCAUCAUGUGGAUCUAGGCCAAAAGCUGAGAGAAUUGAGGACAAAAGGCCUUCCAGUCAGGAUUAACUCUCUCUAGAGAGGGGAGAGAGAGAGAGAGCGGAGACGAGCGAGGAGAGCGAGAGAGGAGAGAGAGAGAGAGCAGAGAGAGACGAGCAGCGAGAGAGAGAGAGACGAGAGAGAGGACGAGAUAGAGAGGCGAGCAUCCGAGAGAGAGAGAGCGAUAGCCAGCUCAUUAUCGCUCUCGCUCUAUACGCUUCUCUCUCUCUCUAUACUAGCUCUCACAUCUCUCUCUCUUCUCUCUCUCUCUCUUUCUCUCUAGUUUCGCUACAAGACCAGAGUGUACAAACAGACCAAUCUAGAUGAGAAACAGCUGGCUAAACUGCACACUAAGGUACUGGCUGCCUGUUUCAAAGGGUGUGGCACAAUGUGAAUUGUGGGUGUAAGUGUGUGUAUGCAUGCAUGCAUACUUAUGCAUGUGUGUGUGGGUGUGUACACUCCUUGUGUGUCUGUGUAUGUGUGUGAGUGCGACUGAGUCUGUCUGCAGUUACUGGCCCUUGGGGCAGUGCUCCACUGUUAGCUGUGCUGUGCUGUGUGUGGCAGACAACUCCAGUACCAGUGUGUCUACUCUGCUCUCUAUGUAAUGCAGCGCGGCACACUCUUAGAAAAAAGGCUUCCAAAAGGUUUGUCGGCUGUCCCCAUAGGAGAACCCUUUUUGGUUCCAGGUAGAACCCUUGAACCGAAAAGGGUUCUUCAAAGGAUUCUCCUAUUGGGACAGCCAAAUAACACUUUUAGGUUCUAGCACCUUUAUUUCUAAGAGUGCAGUCCCCUCAUCUCUCUCUCUCUCUCUCUCUAUGCCCUCAUGCCUCUCACAGGCCAGUCUGAAGAAGUUCAUGGACUACAUCCAAAGUGGCUCUGUGGACAAGAUGGCCAAGUUCUUGGACAAAGGGCUUGACCCCAACUACCAGGACCCUGACACGGGAGGUGAGAUGCUGUCAGAUGCUGUCCGCUGCCAGGGUGACCUGUGACCUCUCCUCCUCAGUCAGUUAGCACCAAUCAGCCAUUUAGUCCAUCUGUCUGUCUGUCUAUUUAGUCCCUGAUACCUUGACCCCCUAAGAAAACCUUCUUAGUGACUCAUAACAUUUGUGGGGCAUAUGGGCACUGUAUAUUUAGAAUCCUAGAGAUCAUGUCCAAACCCUUCAGCCAUACAACCUGUUAUCUGGCUAGCAAACUGUCCAUAUCCAAGUUGAAUUAGCUAACGGCCAAGAUAACUGUGGGAGCUAUGGCUAAUGGUUGUCCUCUGUAACCUCGACCUGAAAACCCCAAACGCUCUCUCCAACUCUAAAACUCACUUACCCAAAGCUCUAUCUAUCUAACACUUUAUUAAAGAUGAUUAUAGUAAGCAAAGUAGACAGUUAGUUUGAGUCUCAUUUAAGAGCCAGAUAAUAUAGUGAGGUGGGAGAUGGGCAGCUACUGUUAACAGUUUUGGGUGUGCUGCAACAGUCCUCUCACACAACAGAGCCUGCUAUCACUGGGAGUGUGACAUGCACUUCCACCUGCCAACACAGGGGGGCAGCAGAGAGCUCAACAUCUGCCGCUAUUAGAUAAGCGUUACCAAACUACUAGACUAGAGUGACAUGAUGCUGGGUUGUCUGAUUAAAUAUAUGAGCCCCUCCGUCUCUCUCUCUCUCCUCUGUAGAAACCCCCCUGACAUUGGCGGUGCAGUGUGAGCCGGGGGGAGGGGAGGCCAUACGGGUGCUGGUGCUGGGAGGGGCUCAUCUUGACUUCAGGGCCAAGGAUGGACUCACACCACUACACAAGGCUGUCCGCAGCCACGGCCACACAGCCCUACUGGUAAACUCACACACACCUCCUUACACUCACAUCUAUGGAUUAAAGGUGCAUGUAUGGACCCCACUGUAUAUAGUGUCUUGUAUUGGGAUACAGUCAAGAUGGUCUUAUAAUGAUAUAAGUGAUAUAUAUAUAUUUUUGUGUCUACCUGGUGUGUCCCUAUAGACGUUGCUGUCUCUGGGUGCAUCUCCGGACUAUAAGGACCGGCGGGGGCUGACCCCGCUCUACCACACUGUGCUGACAGGGGGCGACACCUCCUGCUGUGAGACCCUGCUCCACCACCGUGCCAAGCUGGCCGUCAGGGAUGAGAACGGCUGGGAUGAGACACACCAGGUAGGUGUAGGUGUAGGUGUAGGUGUAGGUGUAGGUGGAGGUGUAGGUGUAGGUGGAGGUGGAGGUGGAGGUGGAGGUGUAGGUGGAGGUGUGGAGGUGGAGGUGGAGGGAGGUGGAGGUGGAGGUGUAGUGUGGAGGUGGAGGUGGAGGGAGGUGGAGGUGUAGUGUGGAGGUGGAGGUGGAGGGAGGUGGAGGUGGAGGUGGAGGUGGAGGUGGAGGUGGAGGUGGAGGUGUAGGUGGAGGUGGAGGUGUGGAGGUGGAGGGAGGUGGAGGUGGAGGUGUAGUGUGGAGGUGGAGGUGGAGGGAGGUGGAGGUGGAGGUGUAGUGUGGAGGUGGAGGUGGAGGGAGGUGGAGGUGGAGGUGGAGGUGGAGGUGGAGGUGGAGGUGGAGGUGGAGGUGGAGGUGGAGGUGUAGGUGUGUGUGUGUUUCUGUGGGUUUUAGUGUUCAAGUGACUAUGUUUGACUGUGUUUGUGUGAAUAUAGGUUUGUGUGUGUGUGUGUUAAUGUCAGUGUGUUAAUGUCAUCUCUAUUUCUAUGUUAACCAUUCAUGUCAUGGUUCGCCUCCCUCACCUUAAUGUUAGUGUCUCUGCUGCUACUCACCCCACUGUACCCCUCUAACCCAUGAUGAGACCCGUCUCUCACCCCACUGUACCCCUCUAACCCAUGAUGAGGCCUAUCUCUCACCCCCCUGUACCCUCUAACCCAUGAUGAGGCCCAUCUCUCACCCCCGUACCCUCUAACCCAUGAUGAGGCCCGUCUCUCAUCCUCCUCUCACUCCAUAGCUCAGGUAUGAAGAGGACAGCAGAUAGAACCCUGGAGACACACAGGUACUGUACUAACUUCCCCUCCAUUUCAACAUUCUCUCCAUCCUUUCAUCAUUAUGUCUGUGUGUAUUUGUGCUGUUGUCGUUGUGCCACCUAUGUGUGUAUCUAUAUGUGUAUCUAUGUGUGUAUCUGUGUGUAUCUAUGUGUGUAUCUGUGUGUAUCUAUGUGUGUAUCUGUGUGUAUCUAUGUGUGUAUCUGUGUGUAUCUAUGUGUGUAUCUGUGUAUGAGUGGCUCUGUAAGUGUGUAUUCUCGCUGUUUUCUGAUGUGUGUGUUGUUCCUUUUUCGCUUUCUCUCUCACCUUGGAGGUAUCUUUAUGACAAUUUAUAACCCCACUCUUUUUCUGUCUCUGUACUUCUCGCCUCCUCCCUCUACCCCAUGUUGUAGACAGACCAGGGGAAAGCAGCGGAGGCGUGAGAGGAGAGGGAAGAAGCGCAGCGGAAGGAAGGGCGAGGGUGCGGGAAAAAGGAGCAAACGGGAAGAACAACGAGAAGAUGCAGAGAGAAAAAGAGAGAAGAGAGAGAGAGCGAGAGAGAGAGAGAGGAGAGAGGAGAUGGGAGAGAGAGCCGAGUGAGCAGAGAGAGAGAGAGCGAGAGAGUAUGCUAGAGGAGGCAGAGAGUAGAGAAGAGUUACACACAACACAAACUCUAUCUUCUCUACACUCUCUGCAUUCCCCCCAUCUCUCUCUCUCUAUCUCUCCCCACCUUUCUCGCACUCUCUCCCCCCACCUCUCUCUCUCCCCACCUCUAUCUCUCUCUCCCUCUCUGUGCUCACUCUUCUCUGAUCCCAGGCCUGUCAGAAUGGCAACGCCCAGCAUCUGGAGCACCUUCUUUUUUACGGGGCAGACUCCACUUCCCAGAAUGCCUCAGGAAACACUGCUUUGCACAUUUGUGCUUUAUACAACAAGGUAGUGAUCUCUAGUAGUGUCACAAUCAAACAUAAAAUAAAGAUGAUUUUGUAGUUUUGUAAUCCAGCAUUACAGUUAUUUGCUGCUAAUUGAUUGACAUGUAUUUUGUCCAUACAGGACAGCUGUGCACGAAUUCUACUAUACAGGGGAGCCAAUAAGGACACAAAGAAUAACAGUGGGCAGAACCCAUUUCAGGUGAUUAUACAAUACAUGGCCUGGCUAAUGGAAUGAUGUAUUUGUAUGUACGUUGCUUGCAUGGGGUUGUGUGUGAUGAAGUUACUAAAGCAGAAAAUGCUAUUGGAUGAGAUGGGCCAGUGUUAGUGAUAUUGUUCUGUGAUGUGUACUAGGGUCCAAGGUGGGAUAAUUCUGCCUGACCCCUUAAGCUGGGUUCUCAUACUCUGUCAUCCCUACAAAAGGCCAGUUGAGACAAGGAAUAUGUGCAUACCGUGUGGAGGGUGCUGUGAGAACUGUCCCUUACACUGCUAGCAUGUGUGUUUCAGGUGGCUGUCAUGUCCGGUCAUUUUGAGCUAGGAGAGAUUAUCAAAAACCACCGGGACACAAAUGUAGGUACGUACUGAUCUGUGGUUGUGUUUAGGAGUUUAUGCACUAUGGACGUAUAUGAGAGUAUGUGAGAAUGGUUGUACAUUCACAUGUUUCUUAAAAAAAACAUGCAUACACAUAUAAUAUUUAUUUCAUUAUUGUGUAUGUGUGCCAAUCAAACUGUGAUAUUUCCUGUCAUGAAUGAGUGCUACAAGGGAACAAAAAAAGACCAAUCAAACCUUGACUUGACCCAUCCUGACUAGUUUAUACCUCUCUCUCUUUCUUGCUCUCUCUCCUUCUCACACUCUCUCAGUACCUUUUCUUGAGUCUCCCAAAUACGCCCCUCAGAGGCGAGAGAGUGCGCCGCGGACCCUGGCACUGCCCCACCCUCACCCCUUCCUGCGUGCCAACAGUGAUAACAGUAUGAACCUGCCUGACUGGAUGGCACUGCCCAACGCACCAGGCUCCAACAUUGUGUCUGUACAGGUAGAGGAAGGAGUCUAGCACCUGGACACUUAGUCUGGGAGAACUAUUGUACUGUUUCACAUCAUGUAUCAUGUAAUGUAGCUAUGUAGUACAUCACCAAUAUACUGUAGUACAUCACCAAUAUACUGUGGUACAUCACCAAUAUACUGUGGUACAUCACCAAUAUAUUUAAGAACAUCAACAAUAUAUUUAAAAAGUAAUUUUUUUAGUCAUUUAGCAGACGCUCUUAUCCAGAGCGACUUACAGUUAGUGAGUGCAUACAUUUUCAUACUGGCCCCCCGUGGGAAACGAACCCACAACCCUGGCGUUGCAAGUGCCAUGCUCUACCAACUGAGCUACAGGGGACAAUACACUGUAGUACAUCACCAAUAUACUGUAGUACAUCACCAAUAUACUGUAGUACAUUUUUACAUUGACAUUUUAGUCAUUUAGCAGAUGCUCUUAUCCAGAGCGACUUACAGUUGCAAGGACAGAGAAGAGCUUGGACUGGGCUGAGCGGGAACUGCACUCCCGUAGGGAUGGCCAAGAGACCUGAGGUGGCAGAACGGAGUGCUCGGGUUGGGGUGUAGGGUUUGAGCAUAGCCUGAAGGUAGGGAGUAGCAGUUCCUCUUGCUGUUCCGUAGGCAAGCACCAUGGUCUUGUAGUGGAUGCGAGCUUCGACUGGAUGCCAGUGGAGUGUGUGGAGGAGCGGGGUGCCGUGGGAGAACUUGGGAAAGUUGAAAUCCAGGCAGGCUGCAGCGUUCUGGAUAAGUUGCAGGGGUUUGAUGGCACAAGCGGGGAGCCAAGCCAACUCAGAGUUGCAGUAGUCCAGACGUGAGAGGACAAGUGCCUGGAUUAGGACCUGUGCCGCUUCCUGUGUAAGGUCGGGUCGUACUCUACGGAUGUUGUAGAGCAUGAACCUGCAGGAGCGAGUCACUGCUUUGAUGUUUGCAGAGAAUGACAGGGUGUUGUCCAGGGUCACGCCAAGGUUCUUUGCACUCUGGUAGGGCGACACUGUGGAGUUGUCAACCGUGAUGGAGAGCGUGCAGGCCUUCCCUGGGAGGAAGAGCAGCUUCGCCUUGUCGAGGUUAAGCCUGAAGUGGUGGGCCGACAUCUAAGUUGAGAUAUCUGCCAGGCACGCAGAAAAGCGUGUCACCACCUGGGUGUCAGAAGGGGGGAAGGAGAAAAGUAGUUGAGUGUCAUCUGCAUAGCAAUGAUAGGAGAGACCAUGUGAGGAUAUGACGGAGCUGAGUCACUUGGUGUAUAGAGAGAAGAGGAGAGGGCCUAGAACCGAGCCCUGGGGUACACCUGUAGUGAGAGUGCGUGGUGCAGACACAGAUCCUCUCCACGUCACCUGGUAGGAGCGACCUGCCAGGUAGGAUGCAAUCCAAGAGUGUGCAGAGCCUGAGACGCCCAACCCUGAGAGGGUGGAGAGGAGGAUCUGAUGGUUCACGGUGUCGAUGGCAGCGGAUAGAUCUAGGAGGAUGAGAACAGAGGAGAGAGAGUCAGCUUUGGCAGUGCGGAGAGCCUCCGUGACACAGAAAAGAGCACUCUCGGUUGAGUGACCCAUCUUGAAGCCUAACUGGUUAGGAUCAAGAAUAUUGUUCUGAGAGAGAUAACGAGAGAGUUGAUCAGACACAGCACGCUCAAAUGUUUUGUAAAGAAAAGGAAAGAAGGGAUGCAGGUCUAUAGUUUUUGACGUCAGAUGAGUCGAGUGUUUGUUUCUUGAGGAGAGGAGCGACUCGGGCCAUUUUGAAGUCUGAAGGGACGCAGCCAGUGUUACAUCACCAAUAUACUGUAGUACAUCACCAAUAUACUGUAGUACAUCUCCAAUAUACUGUAGUACAUCAUCAGUAAACUGUUGUACAGACCAUUGAACCAGUGUUGCCCCUUCAUCUCUCUGUCUCUCUGUCUAUGUCUAGAGAGAGGAUGGGGAAGAGCGGGGCGCAGGGAGAGGACGAGGAGACGAGAGAGACGCGAGAAGAGCGAGAUAUGAGAGCGAGAGAGAGCGAGAGGCUCGAGCGCGAGGAGCGAGAGAGAGAGCAGAGCUAGAGAGGGCAUCGAUAGCUCUCUAUAGAAUCUAUCUCUCUUAUCUCUCUAGAUCUAUCUAUCUUCUCUCUCUCUCUCUCUUCUCUCUCUCUCUCUUUCUCCUCUUCUCUCUCUCAGGGCUAUAAGCAUUCAGGUACCCUGCGUAGCUCCAGUAGUCCCCGUGGGGCGCGGACUCGCUCCCCGUCCCGAGGGAGAGCAGGGGAUAAGGAGGACAGGAGUCGGCAGAGUCGGAGGCAGGGAGGAGGAGGAGGAGGAGGAGGAGUGGGAGGAGGAGGAGGAGGAGCAGGAGGGUAGGACUGACUAUGGUUCAGAUAGAACCGUUGAUGCAAAGGACAAGGGCCAUAGCUCCAUUAGAGCAUGCUAUCUCUUUAUCUACAGCAGUGUCAGUUGUCACUUUGCAUGUCCCUCUCUGCUGUGACUCUAACAAUGCACCCAAUCCAAACUUGGAAUCUGCAUUAAUAAUUUGCACACAAAUCUCCCAUUAAUGGAUGGUUUUCACAGAAGUCCAAGUUAGCCAUGCGGACCUCAAGUUAGGAUCGGACCUACUGUGUAUGAGGGUUGUGUAUAGUAUAAGCCUUGUUCGAGCCAGAACGGCCCAUAGAGCAGGAUACUAUCACCUGUUUCUGUAGCGUGAAGGCGGGCACUCUAACCACAAGGCCACUGAGUUGGUUGUGUACUGUAAUGUAUGUGCUGUGUGCUGAACGCUGCCCCCCUCUGGCCAGGGCGGGGUCUGUCAGCAGCAGUACGGUUACGGCAGCAGGGGGCCAGCGGAGGCGUCUCUACAGCGCCGUCCCAGGACGUGUGUUUGUGGCCACGCGCUCCCACUCCGCCCAGGGAGACAGAGAGAUCAGUAUCAGCAAGGGAGACAAAGUCAAAGGUGUGUGUGUUUAGUGUGUCUGUGUCAGGGAAUGGGUGUGUGACUGUCUGGCUGGAUGUUUUUUUCAUGUGAAUUCAAAGUGUUUGUUAGCCUGGGUGCCAGCCUGAUACAUUUUGCUCAGGAGAUGAAAUGUUGAUGCUGGUACCAAGGCUAGGUCUCUGUCUGCUGAUGUGAGUGGUGUAUGUAUGAGUCUGUCUACUGGAUGUAGUCUACCUGUCUUAAUGAGAGUGUAAGGUCCUUGUAUGUUUUUGUCUUCAAUGUCUGCAGGUAUGAAUAUGUGUGUGUUUGUGAGUGAGUCUAAGGUGUUUCCAGGUAUGUAUGUCUUGGUGAGUAUGUAGAGAGGUUUGCAUGUCUGUUUGUGUGUGUUUACAUUCCUCUGUGUGUGUUUACAUGUUGUGGCUAUUUCCUUGUUCUUGUUUGUGCCUAUAUGUUGUUUCGUGUAUACUGACUGUGUGAGGUAAUGGCUCUGACGCGCGACACUCUUUCCUGUCCCCCCAUGCAGUGCUGAGUGUGGGCGAGGGAGGGUUCUGGGAGGGCACGGUUAAGGGACGGACCGGCUGGUUCCCCUCAGACUGCGUAGAGGAAGUGGCAGUCCGUAGCCAGGACAACCGCUCAGGUGAGUCCCUGACCACACACCUGCAGACACACACAGCGUGCCUCUCUCUCUCUCCCCUCUCAUUGGUCAGAAAAACACACACACUUACACACACAGCAGCGCUGGCUGCUACACACAGACACACAGGCAUAAAAACAACACAUUUAGCAGGAGGUCUACAGUUAGGUAGGAACACUGGGGAAAUACCACUAUAGACUCUCAGAGUGGUUAGAGAAGCAGAAGCGAGGUGUGGGUUGACAGGGAAGGAAGGUGCUACAGUAGUAGUAGUGGUGUCUGCCCACCACUAAGGCCUUAGGCUGCAGUAAUAAACACAGCUAUUGACUGUCUGGGAGUCUACAGCUGGUUUGACUGUGUCUGGAUACUCAAUAGAGAGAAGCUUACUGUAGAGGUUUAGGCUGUAGUCUAACAGGAUCUAGUGACUGUAGUGAUAGUGUUGGUCAGUGUUGCAGGCAGGCAGCCAUCAUGCUGAUAACACUGUGGUUGUGUGUUUUAGAGAGCCGCAGUGAGAAAGCCAAGAGACUGUUCCGCCAUUACACCGUGGGCUCCUACGACAGCUUUGACGCUCCCAGGUAAGGAUGGGGCUACUUUCUCUUUCUCUACACAGUAUCAUACUCAGAGAUCUACCUGGAAGUCAUUGGAUUGAGUGAUCUUGGCCUGGAUAUGCUUGGGGUAUGUUGGAGUGAGUUGGGUAGCUGUAAGAUGGGCUUUGGUAGAGUGAUCUACAGUGCUGUGUUGGGUUUGACUAUGGGUAAUAUACUGUAUAUUAACCUGAACUGUGUUGUCUGUGUGGAAGUGAUCCACUGGACUAUGAUUGGGUGAUCUACUCUACAAUGGAUUGUGAUUGGGUGAUCUACUGUAACAUGGAGCGUGAUUGGGUGAUCUACUGUAAGAUGGAUUGUGAUUGGGUGAUCUACUGUAACAUGGAGUGUGAUUGGGUGAUCUACUGUAAGAUGGAUUGUGAUUGGGUGAUACAGUGAGGGAAAAAAGUAUUUGAUCCCCUGCUGAUUUUGUACGUUUUCCCAUUGACAAAGAAAUUAUCAGUCUAUAAUUUUAAUGGUAGGUUUAUUUGAACAGUGAGAGACAGAAUAACAACAACAAAAUCCAGAAAAACGCAUGUCAAAAAUUGUAUAAAUUGAUUUGCAUUUUAAUGAGGGAAAUAAGUAUUUGACCCCUCUGCAAAACAUGACUUAGUACUUGGUGGCAAAACCCUUGUUGGCAAUCACAUAGGUCAGAUGUUUCUUGUAGUUGGCCACCAGGUUUGCACACAACUCAGGAGGGAUUUUGUCCCACUCCUCUUUGCAGAUCUUCUCCAAGUCAUUAAGGUUUCGAGGCUGACGUUUGGCAACUCGAACCUUCAGCUCCCUCCACAGAUUUUCUAUGGGAUUAAGGUCUGGAGACUGGCUAGGCCACUCCAGGACCUUAAUGUGCUUCUUCUUGAGUCACUCCUUUGUUGCCUUGGCCGUGUGUUUUGGGUCAUUGUCAUGCUGGAAUACCCAUCCACGACCCAUUUUCAAUGCCCUGGCUGAGGGAAGGAGGUUCUCACCCAAGAUUUGACGGUACAUGGCCCCGUCCAUCGUCCCUUUGAUGCGGUGAAGUUGUCCUGUCCACUUAGCAGAAAAACACCCCCAAAGCAUAAUGUUUCCACCUCCAUGUUUGACAGUGGGGAUGGUGUUCUUGGGGUCAUAGGCAGCAUUCCUCCUCCUCCAAACACGGCGAGUUGAGUUGAUGCCAAAGAGCUCCAUUUUGGUCUCAUCUGACCACAACACUUUCACCCAGUUCUCCUCUGAAUCAUUCAGAUGUUCAUUGGCAAACUUCAGACAGGCCUGUAUAUGUGCUUUCUUGAGCAGGGGGACCUUGCGGGCGCUGCAGGAUUUCAGUCCUUCACGGCGUAGUGUGUUACCAAUUGUUUUCUUGGUGACUAUGGUCCCAGCUGCCUUGAGAUCAUUGACAAGAUCCUCCCGUGUAGUUCUGGGCUGAUUCCUCACCGUUCUCAUGAUCAUUGCAACUCCACGAGGUGAGAUCUUGCAUGGAGCCCCAGGCCGAGAGUGUGCUCCUAAUCUCAGCUCGUUACCUGUAUAAAAGACACCUGGGAGCCAAAAAUCUUUCUGAUUGAGAGGGGGUCAAAUACUUAUUUCCCUCAUUAAAAUGCAAAUCAAUUUAUAACAUUUUUGACAUGCGUUUUUCUGGAUUUUUUUUGUUGUUAUUCUGUUUCUCACUGUUCAAAUAAACCUACCAUUAAAAUUAUAGACUGAUCAUUUCUUUGUCAGUGGGCAAACCUACAAAAUCAGCAGGGGAUCAAAUACUUUUCCCCUCCCUGUACACUGUGAUGUAAGCUGGGCUGGAAUUGAUCUCUUAUAAGUUGGACUGUGUUGGGGACUAUCUGCUACUCAAUGCUGGGCUGUCUACCUGAAGUUCCAUACAGUACUGGUCUGAUAUCUGAACUCCUGUAGACUGUCAUCUCUGUGUCCUCUACUGAUGUGCUGGUUGACUAUGUUGUUGUUGUUGUUGUUGUUGUUGACUUCCAGAUUGCUGCAUUGACACUUUGGAGUGUAACUCUGAAAAAUGUAUGCACUCACUAACUGUAAGUCGCUCUGGAUAAGAGCGUCUGCUAAAUGACUAAAAUGUAAAUGUAAUUAACACCUAGUAAUGUAAUGUCAUUCUCUUUAAUGUCAUGUUUUUGUGUGGUGGCUCAGAGAGGCUCUGUUAUGAGGCAAACCAACUUAAGGGUCCUAGACUUGGACAGGAUAAAGAGAGAAUUAUUUAUAAAGAAAUAAACACAUUAUAAAUCACAUGUAUUAUUUACACACAAUCCUUCUCCCCUGCCCGCUCGCUAUUACAGACAACACACACACAAACACAAUGCGCACACCACAAAAGCAUUCAUUAUUUACAUCAUUUCAUUUAGACUUACGUGCUCAACCAAGCGACGGACACCUAAAUGGAAACUCACACAUACGUUUAUACACACACAUCAUGGAUAUUUCAACAAAUGUACUCAUAUGAUAUAAAACUCCAGGUUGUUUGGUCAGUCUGUGGCUGGCUGGCUGCUCACUGCUAACUCACUGCUAACCUACCUUCGUACAAGUCUGUUUUUAUCAGAGCCCUAGUGUGGAUCCAUCUCACCUAUUCCCCUGAUUUUUUCCACUCCUCUAUAUUUGGCUUUGUCACCCCUUCCAUCUCUCUUUCUCUCUAUCGCUCCCUUUAUUUUUAUUCAGCACCGUUUUACUCACCCCCUGUACUUUUUAAUUUUCUCUCUAUCACCCUCUCUCCCCUGUGGUGUCUCCAUCUGGAGGACAGACAGUGAAGGGCACUCUAGAGGGAGAGAGGGAGAGAGGGAGCGAGGGAUGAACAGAGCAAGAAAGGAGGUGAAGAGAAGGAGAGAUUCUACAGUAUGUAGAAAUAGACAAAGAAGAAGAGAAAAUAGAUAGAGAAAACAGGAAAUAGACAUAAAUGAACAACCCCCCUUCCUCUCCCACUUUCUCCUCCUCACCUUUCAUUCCACUUUUAGAUGUUUUUAUAUUGACAGUAAAAGAUCUUGUACACCUCCUAGCCUGUCUAAUGAAGCAGGCUUUUACUGCUCUGACUAGCUGUGACAGUUUAACAAGGCUCGGUCGAGGGAUAGCAGUCAGAUAAAAUGAGAUGGCUUUUAAAUUGAUAUUGGGGAAAAGAAGAGUAACACAAUAACCAAACGGAAGUAGAGGCAAGACAGAGGAGAAGAUGCGAUAAGGGAAGAGGAUGUCUUGGCACACAGUAGUAUACCCUUUCACCAACUGGCGUCCCAUCUUGUAUCAAUCAAUUGCCGGGACAUUUCGCAUUGAAUGGGAGGUAUCCUAAAUUAUUUAAGAAUUAAUGUAUACGUCCUUACUUAGGGAAGGAAGGUUAAGGCAAGUUAGAUGAAGGAAGCGAAGCGAAUGGAAGUCAGUAAUUACGUAAUGAAGGAAAGUGAAGUGAAGGAAGGAAUGAAUGAAAGUCCGGAAGGAAGGCAGGACGGCAGUCAGUCAUUAAUGUCAGUAAUGUUUUACUUUCCGUUCUUCCUUACUCCUCCUCCUUUCCUUCCUUCUUACUAGGCUUACAUACAUACAAGCCUACCUCCUAUGUGCUCCUCAUCUCCCUGUGUCUCAGAGCCCAUGGCAGUGAACUCCCCUAGUAGCACACAUGACAACUUUUCUGGGGCAGCGGUCUGUGAAAUAGGGACAAGGAAGCACACACACAUUCUAGAGAAGAGGGUAUUAUUGCCCUCUAUCAGAAGAGGUGCAUUCAAAUCACAUUCUGGUGCACAUUGUACAUGUUUUACAUUAUAAGGGAACACUCAUGCACACAUUCACUCAUACACACAUGAUCACACUCAUGAGUCACACACACUAACAGAAACACACAUGACCACAUAAACAUGAGUCACACAUACUAACAUGACCAAACACCUGCCAACAUUCACUCUCUUGCCCCCUCCCCCUUGUACUCUCUCUCUCUCUCUCUGUCUCCCUCCCUCUCCCUCUCUCUCUCUCUCUCUCUCUCUCUCUCUCUCCCUCUCUCACACACACUCGCGGCCAUACACUAAAUUCACAGCGGUAUAGCUUAACAUGCAGAGAGAGAAACAAAAAGAGAGGGAGGGAAGGAGAGAGAGGAGAAGAACAGCAAGAGGCAGUGAAGGCAGAAAGGCACCAGAGAGAGGUAGGGGGAGAGAGAGGGGGAGAUUGAGCGAGAGGCAGGGAGGCAGAGAGGGAGGGAGUGAAAGGCGACAGAAGACAACAUCGACGUACAUCGAACGAAGCACUGACAGAGAUGAUGUGAGUGCCUUUUUAAAGAGAAUCUCUCUCGCUCUAAUUCUCUCUCUUCCUUUGCUGCUCAUCCCCAGCUGAAUCUCUUCUUCUUCCUGUCUGUCUUGAUGCAUCUCCUUCCUCUCGUUUCCCUCCCUCGCUCUCCUCUUUUCAUUCAUGCGCUCUGCUUUGUUUACAGACAAUGUGAGAAAGGAAAGAGGGGGAGAGGGGAGGGGACUGUGUGCAUGUGUGUGUGUUGAUUAAAGGCCAUGGGGUAGUUAAGAGUGAUUUAAGGGCAUGUAGGGUCACUGAAGUAGAGAGGAUGAAAGAGGUGGUAGGACAAAACAAGUGCAGAGAUGACAAAUGGGGAAAUGGUAGAGACGUGAGAUGGGAGGAAGACAGGUUGACAGGUGGUGAAAAGAGAUGGGAAUGAAGAGAUAAAAACAUGUGGAAAAAGAGAGAGAGAAUAUAGAAUUCAGGUGUUGUCCAUAUUUGGUUUAUUAAAGGUGCAAUGUGCCGAGAUCGCUCUGCCAUUUCCUGGUUGCUAAAAUUCAAAUAGUUCGCCUAAUUUCAGUUAAUGUGACAAAACAAGCAGUGCAUUGUGUAGAGAAUCAUUGUACCAUCUAAACCGCUGUGAAAUAGAUUUUAAAUAACCAAAAAUAUUGUACUUUCAGCUGCUUGUGUACAAAACCGAAAGUAAAAGACACUAAAAAAGAAACUUAAGAACGGGAAGCAUACAACUAGCGCACAUAGAACACAUCUACACGUUUCUUAGACUUGCUUUCAAUGAGAAUGACAGAUCAAUAGCUCACAUUUCUAUGUGAAUUUGAAUCUGAGAAUAAUUUGAUAAUAGAUAUCUAAAUACAUGAAUCAUCUAUCAUAAUGAUCAUAAAUAGUCUGUAUGCAUAUACAGUGGGGGGAAAAAGUAUUUAGUCAGCCACCAAUUGUGCAAGUUCUCCCACUUAAAAAGAUGAGAGAGGCCUGUAAUUUUCAUCAUAGGUACACGUCAACUAUGACAGACAAAUUGAGAAUUUUUUUCUCCAGAAAAUCACAUUGUAGGAUUUUUUAUGAAUUUAUUUGCAAAUUAUGGUGGAAAAUAAGUAUUUGGUCACCUACAAACAAGCAAGAUUUCUGGCUCUCACAGACCUGUAACUUCUUCUUUAAGAGGCUCCUCUGUCCUCCACUCGUUACCUGUAUUAAUGGCACCUGUUUGAACUUGUUAUCAGUAUAAAAGACACCUGUCCACAACCUCAAACAGUCACACUCCAAAGUCCACUAUGGCCAAGACCAAAGAGCUGUCAAAGGACACCAGAAACAAAAUUGUAGACCUGCACCAGGCUGGGAAGACUGAAUCUGCAAUAGGUAAGCAGCUUGGUUUGAAGAAAUCAACUGUGGGAGCAAUUAUUAGGAAAUGGAAGACAUACAAGACCACUGAUAAUCUCCCUCGAUCUGUGGCUCCACGCAAGAUCUCACCCCGUGGGGUCAAAAUGAUCACAAGAACGGUGAGCAAAAAUCCCAGAACCACACGGGGGGACCUAGUGAAUGACCUGCAGAGAGCUGGGACCAAAGUAACAAAGCCUACCAUCAGUAACACACUACGCCGCCAGGGACUCAAAUCCUGCAGUGCCAGACGUGUCCCCCUACUUAAGCCAGUACAUGUCCAGGCCCGUCUGAAGUUUGCUAGAGUGCAUUUGGAUGAUCCAGAAGAGGAUUGGGAGAAUGUCAUAUGGUCAGAUGAAACCAAAAUAUAACUUUUUGGUUAAAAACUCAACUCGUCGUGUUUGGAGGACAAAGAAUGCUGAGUUGCAUCCAAAGAACACCUUACCUACUGUGAAGCAUGGGGGUGGAAACAUCAUGCUUUGGGGCUGUUUUUCUGCAAAGGGACCAGGACGACUGAUCCGUGUAAAGGAAAGAAUGAAUGGGGCCAUGUAUCGUGAGAUUUUGAGUGAAAACCUCCUUCCAUCAGCAAGGGCAUUGAAGAUGAAACGUGGCUGGGUCUUUCAGCAUGACAAUGAUCCCAAACACACCGCCCGGGCAACGAAGGAGUGGCUUCGUAAGAAGCAUUUCAAGGUCCUGGAGUGGCCUAGCCAGUCUCCAGAUUUCAACCCCAUAGAAAAUCUUUGGAGGGAGUUGAAAGUCUGUGUUGCCCAGCGACAGCCCCAAAACAUCACUGCUCUAGAGGAGAUCUGCAUGGAGGAAUGGGCCAAAAUACCAGCAACAGUGUGUGAAAACCUUGUGAAGACUUACAGAAAACGUUUGACCUGUGUCAUUGCCAACAAAGGGUAUAUAACAAAGUAUUGAGAAACUUUUGUUAUUGACCAAAUACUUAUUUUCCACCAUAAUUUGCAAAUAAAUUCAUAAAGAAUCCUACAAUGUGAUUUUCUGGAUUUUUUUUUCUCAUUUUGUCUGUCAUAGUUGACGUGUACCUAUGAUGAAUAUUACAGGCCUCUCUCAUCUUUUUAAGUGGGAGAACUUGCACAGUUGGUGGCUGACUAAAUACUUUUUUUCCCCACUGUAUGAGUUGUGAAAACAUUGUGAUUGUGAUUACAGGAUGCAAGCCUCAGCAGUUCAGAACAACAGUCAGUGCAUUAUACAGUAUCUCCCUAUCUGGAGUGAAUUACGGUAAGGGAGAGGAGUCAAACAGAACAUGGCCUUAACUCAUCCAAAAUGCAUCCAUUCUUAUGAAUGGAGAAUCAUAACUGAGGAGGAAAACAGUGAUAGACAGACUCAGUGAAUACCACUCAGAGAGAUAUACAUACAGAGAUGGAAGAAAAGGUUAGAGAGAGAGAGAAAGAAAGAGAGCGAGAGAGAGAGAGAUAAAAUGUGUUUUGUGUUUAUGUGAACGUUUUUUUGAGUGUGUGUGUUGUGUGUGUUUUGAGCCGUGUGUGUGAUGGUGUGUUUGUGUUGUGUGUUUGUGUUGUGUGGUAGUGGGUGUGUGGUGUGUGUUUGAGUGUGUGUGUGUGUGUGUGUGUUGGGUUGUGGUGUGUGGUGUGUGUGUGUGUGUGUGUCCUGGGUGUGUGUGGGUGUGUGUGUGUGUUUUUGGUGUGUGCGUCUGUACGUCUGUUUUUCUCUUAUAUUCUGUUCGUGUAUGAAAUAGUCAGAUACUCAGCAAACAAAACCUGAUCAACUCUUGCCCCGCUUCUACUCUCCCCUCUCUUAAAAUUACCUCAUUCUCUCUCGUGGGAUGAGGAAGAAAGAGAACAAACAGAAAGAACGAAAAAAAUAAAGAAUUAUAGCUAGUUAUAAGAUCCAGAUAGAUAGAAUAUUCUAUCUCUCGUGUCGCAGUCACAGUGAAACCAUAUUAUGCAUCUCUUUUCUAUACUGCUACACUCGUUCUCUUCUGUAUGUCGUAAGUAUGAAGGGGAUGGGGGAGAUGAGAGGAAAGGGCAGAGAGAGAUAGAAAAGGGAUGGAGAAGAAAGAGGAAAGAAAAGACAUCGGAUAGAGGCUCGUUACUCCUCUGCUCUUCAGCGGAAGACGAGAAGGAGGCGGAGGAGGGGAGGGGGGCGGGCCGGCGAAUAUGCUCAAACCGGGACCUUCCCUCCGUUUACCGCAAGCGCGGGGGUAUGCCAUAUUUCUGUCCGCGGAUUCCCCUUUAUUACCCGCCGUUUCACCCGUCUAGCUGAGGGCCAUAGCUUUGUGGGCUGCGGACUCGAUCGGGAGAGGUUAUGGGAACAAUGGAGGCGUGAGGGAGCCGGAGGGGAGGGAAUUGAUCUGACGACAUAAGAGACCUAUCUCUUCUGGCGUUCGAUUAGUAGGCCCCAUGAAUCGGAGGUCUGGUUCAUUUACAGGUACUGGGGUUUUUGAUUUUAGAAAGGGGAGAAGGGCAUUGAGGAGCAGAGGGCAUGCGUGAGAGGAGGGAGGGGGAGGGGGGGAGGGAUAGAGGAGGAGAGAGAGAGAGAGAGAAGAAGAAUGUGGACAUGGAUGUAGAUGGAGUGAUUAGGAAGAAUGAUAGAUAGACAGAUGGGAUGUGUUGCAAAUGAUGAGAAUGUGAGUGGUCAAGUGUGUGUGUGUGUGUGUGUGUGAUUGUGGAGUGAGCGUGGUGUUGUAGUGAGGAAGGAGAGAAGCAAUGCACAGCACGGUACCGUUUAACGGUGAACGUUAAAGACUAGCUUCUGUCUAAAGAGAACAGGAAGAGAGGGAAGAAGACACGCGAGGAAAGAGAAAGAGAAAGAGCAAAGAGAAAGAGAAGAGACAGAGAAGAAGAAAAGAGAACGAAGAAGUAAUAAAGAGCAAGAGAAGAGAACGAGAAGAGAAAGAGACGAGAGAGAGAAGAUGAAGGAAGAAAGCAUAGCAGAGAAAUAGCAUAUAAGCUAAGUAUAAGCUAUAGAAUAGCAGUCAUAUACUGCGAAGAGAAUCUCUAUAUAUUCCUCUACUCUCCUCUACGAUAAUCUCGUGUUGUCGUAUGUUUCUUUCAGUAGCAACACUGUAGGACACAACUGUCUGAUAAUUGUGACUUCUCUCAUCUGCAGAAUGCGUGUGUGUCGGGUUUGUGCGGUUUAUGUGAUGAGUGUGUAUCUGGGUUUGUGUGUACGGUCUGUGGAGCUGUUGUGAUUGAGAACAAGGUAUAGGAGGCAGAUCUAUAACAUGAUUCCCGAUAGUUGCGCUGCUUCAACGUGUCUGCAUUAUGGGGUGUGUUAUCAAUGUGGCACCUGUGUAUGAUGUCCAAACAUUAGUGUGCCUGUCCUGGUCUAAGAGGAUAAGAAGUUAGUUUGAGGGGGGCAUGACAUGCCGUGUCAUGUGUGGCAGUCCCAUGGUAUGCUGCCUUCUAGAUUAUGUUACCAAUACUGAGAGGCAGAGCCUGGGACGAUAAACCGACAACAGAUCACUUAACGCAGGCAUUUUUGCUGUUAUCGUUCAUGAAGAAUAAGGAGCCUAUACUAGAAAAUUGUGAAGUUUGAAAUGCAAUAGGGGUGGACUUUGUUAAUGGGGGGGGCACACCCCUUAUGCGAUAACUGGGGUUUGUGUGUUUUAGAGAGCCGCAGUGAGAAAGCCAAGAGACUGUUCCGCCAUUACACCGUGGGCUCCUACGACAGCUUCGACGCUCCCAGGUAAGGAUGGGGCUACUUUCUCUUUCUCUACACAGUAUCAUACUCAGAGAUCUACCUGGAAGUCAUUGGAUUGAGUGAUCUUGGCCUGGAUAUGCUUGGGGUAUGUUGGAGUGAGUUGGGUAGCUGUAAGAUGGGCUUUGGUAGAGUGAUCUACAGUGCUGUGUUGGGUUUGACUAUAGUUAAUAUACUGUAUAUUAACCUGAACUGUGUUGUCUGUGUGGAAGUGAUCCACUGGACUAUGAUUGGGUGAUCUACUGUACGAUGGAUUGUGAUUGGGUGAUUUACUCUAACAUGGAGUGUGAUUGGGUGAUCUACUGUAAGAUGGAUUGUGAUUGGGUGAUCUACUGUAACAUGGAGUGUGAUUGGGUGAUCUACUGUAAGAUGGAUUGUGAUUGGGUGAUCUACUGUAACAUGGAGUGUGAUUGGGUGAUCUACUGUAACAUGGAGUGUGAUUGGGUGAUCUACUGUAACAUGGAGUGUGAUUGGGUGAUAUACUGUGAUGUAAGCUGGGCUGUAAUUGAUCUCUUAUAAAUUGGACUGUGUUGGGGACUAUCUGCUACUCAAUGCUGGGCUGUCUACCUGAAGUUCCAUACAGUACUGGUCUGAUAUCUGAACUCCUGUAGACUGUCAUCUCUGUGUCCUCUACUGAUGUGCUGGUUGACUAUGUUGUUGUUGUUGUUGUUGUUGUUGACUUCCAGAUUGCUACAUUGACACUUUGGAGUGUAACUCCUCUCAUUAACACUUAGUAAUGUAAUGUCAUUCUCUUUAAUGUCAUGUUUUUGUGUGGUGGCUCAGAGAGGCUCUGUUAUGAGGCAAACCAACUUAAGGGUCCUGGACUUGGACAAAGAGAGAAUUAUUUAUAAAAAAAUAAACACAUUAUAAAUCACAUGUAUUAUUUACACACAAUCCUUCUCCCCUGCCCGCUCACUAUUACAGACAACACACACACAAACACAAUGCGCACACCAGAAAAGCAUUCAUUAUUUAUUUAUUUAUCAUUUCAUUUAGACUUACGUGCUCAACCAAGCGACGGACACCUAAAUGGAAACUCACACAUACGUUUAUACACACACAUCAUGGAUAUUUCAACAAAUGUACUCAUAUGAUAUAAAACUCCAGGUUGUUUGGUCAGUCUGUGGCUGGCUGGCUGCUCACUGCUAACUCACUGCUAACCUACCUUCAUACAAGUCUGUUUUUAUCAGAGCCCUAGUGUGGAUCCAUCUCACCUAUUCCCCUGAUUUUUUCCACUCCUCUAUAUUUGGCUUUGUCACCCCUUCCAUCUCUCUUUCUCUCCCUUAAUUUUUAUUCAGCACCAUUUUACUCACCCCCUGUACUUUUUAAUUUUCUCUCUAUCACCCUCUCUCCCCUGUGGUGUUUCCAUCUGGAGGACAGACAGUGAAGGGCACUCUAGAGGGAGCGAGGGAGCGAGGGAUGAACAGAGCAAGAAAGGAGGUGAAGAGAAGGAGAGAUUCUACAGUAUGUAGAAUUAGACAAAGAAGAAGAGAAAAUAGAUAGAGAAAACAGGAAAUAGACAUAAAUGAACAACCCCACUUCCUCUCCCACUUUCUCCUCCUCACCUUUCAUUCCGCUUUUAGAUGGAAGAUGUUUUUAUAUUGACAGUAAGAGAUCUUGUACACCUCCUGGUCUGUCUAAUGAAGCAGGCUUUUACUGCUCUGACUAGCUGUGACAGUUUAACAAGGCUCGGUCGAGAUAGCAGUCAGCUAAAUGAAUGGCUUAAAUUGAUAUUGUGGCACAGCGAUUACAUUAACAAGGAGUAGAGGAAGAGGAGAAGAUGAUCAGGGAGAGAUAUUGUCCCUCUAUACCCUUUCACCCCUGGCGUCCAUCUUUAUCACUCCAUUCCUCCUUUCUCCCUAUUUGUUCUUAUCCUCCUUCCUUCCUUCCUUCCUUCCUUCCUUCCUUGUUCUCUUCUUCCAUCCAUACAAGCCUCCCUCCUCUGUGCUUCUUCGCUCCCUGUGUCUCAGAGCCCAUGGCAGUGAACUCCCCUAGUAGCACACAUGACAACUUUUCUGGGGCAGCGGUCUGUGAAAUAGGGACAAGGAAGCACACACACAUUCUAGAGAAGAGGGGAUUAUUGCCCUCUAUCACAAGAGGUGCAUUCAAAUCACAUUCUGGUGCACAUUGUACAUGUUUUACAAUUAUAAAGGGAAAACACCAUUCAACACAUUCACUCAUACAAACAUGACCACACACUCAUGAGUCACACACACUAACAGAAACACACAUGACCACAUAAACAUGAGUCACACAUACUAACAUGACCAAAACACCUGCAAACAUUCACUCUCUUGCACCACGGCCUCGAGUUCUCCAGAAGAGGCGAGCGAGAGCGAGCGCGCGAGAGAGGCGACGACUGGCGAGAUAGUGAGAGGCGACGCUGUCUCUAUAGAUCGCUCCUCUUCUCAUCUCCCCUCUCUCUUCUCUCCUCUCUCUCUCUCCCAUCCUCUCCCUCUCCCUCUCUCUCUCUCUCUCUCUCUCUCUCACACACACGCGCGGCCAUUACACUAAAUUCACAGCGGUAUAGCUUAACAUGCAGAGAGAGAAACAAAAAGAGAGGGGAUGUGAAGGAGAGAGAGGAGAAGAACGGCAAGAGGCAGUGAAGGCAGAAAGGCACCAGAGAUAGGUAGGGGGGAGAGAGAGGGGGAGAUUGAGCGAGAGGCAGGGAGGCAGAAGGGGAGGGAGUGAAAGGCGACAGAAGACAACAUCGACGUACAUCGAACGAAGCACUGACAGAGAUGAUGUGAGUGCCUUUUUAAAGAGAAUCUCUCUCGCUCUAAUUUCUCUCUUCCUUUGCUGCUCAUCCCCAGCUGAAUCUCUUCUUCUUCCUGUCUGUCUUGAUGCGUCUCCUUCCUCUCGUUUCCCUCCCUCGCUCUCCUCUUUUCAUUCAUGCGCUCUGCUUUGUUUACAGACAAUGUGAGAGAGGAAAGAGGGGGAGAGGUGAGGGGACUGUGUGCAUGUGUGUGUGUUGAUUAAAGGCCAUGGGGGAGGGGGGGUGGGGUAGUUAAUAGUGAUUAAAGGCCAUGGGGGAGGGGGGGUGGGGUAGUUAAUAGUGAUUAAAGGCCAUGGGGGAGGGGGGGGUGGGGUAGUUAAGAGUGAUUUAAGGGCAUGUAGGGUCACUGAAGUAGAGAGGAUGAAAGAGGUGGGAGGACAAAACGAGUGCAGAGAUGACAAAUGGGGAAAUGGUAGAGAGGUGAGAUGGGAGGAAGACAGGUUGACAGGUGGUGAAAAGAGGUAGGAGAUGGGAAUGAAGAGAUAAAACAUGUCGAAAAAGAGAGAGAAUAUUGAAUUCAGGUGUUGUCCAUAUUUGGUUUAUUAAAGGUGCAAUGUGCCGAGAUCACUCUGCCAUUUCCUGGUUGCUAAAAUUCGAAUAGUUCGCCUAAUUUCAGUUCAUGUGACAAAACAAGCAGUUCAUAGUGUAGAGAAUCAUUAUACCAUCUAAACCGCUGUGAAAUAGAUUUUAAAUAACCAAAAAUAUUGUAUUUUCAGCUGUUUGAAGCUUGUGUACAAAACCGAAAGUAAAAGACGCUAAAAAAGAAACUUAAGAACGGGAAGCAUACAACUAGCGCACAUAGAACACAUCUACACGUUUCUUAGACUUGCUUUCAAUGAGAAUGACAGAUCAAUAACUCACAUUUCUAUGUGAAUUUGAAUCUGAGAAUAAUUUGAUAAUAGAUAUCUAAAUACAUGAAUCAUCUAUCAUAAUGAUCAUAAAUAGUCUGUAUGCAUAUAUGAGUUGUGAAAACAUUGUGAUUGUGAUGACAGGAUGCAAGCCUCAGCAGUUCAGAACAACAGUCAGUGCAUUAUACAGUAUCUCCCUAUCUGGAGUGAAUUACGGUAAGGGAGAGGAGUCAAACAGAACAUGGCCUUAACUCAUCCAAAAUGCAUCCGUUCUUAUGAAUGGAGAAUCAUAACUGAGGAGGAAAACAGUGAUAGACAGACUCAGUGAAUACCGCUCAGAGAUAUACAUACAGAGAUGGAAGAAAAGGUUAGAGAGAGAGAGAAAGAAAGAGAGAAAGAGAGCGAGAGAGAGAGAGAAAGAAUGUGUUUUGUGUGUAUGUGAAUGUUUGUUUGAGUGUGUGUGUGUGUGUGUGUGUGUGUGUGUGUUUGUGUGUGUGUGUGCGUCUGUGUGUGUGUGUGUGUGUGUGUGUGCGUCUGUGCGUCUGUUUUCUCUUUAUAUUCUGUUGGUGUAUGAAAUAGUCAGACACCAGCAAACAAACCUGAUCACCUCUUGCCCCGCUCUUACUCCCCCUCUUAAAAUUACCUCAUUUCUCUCUCCCUUUUUAUGCUAAACCAUCUCACUCCCCCUCCCUCACUCACACGCUCCCUCCUUCUCUCUCUCUUUCUCCUCUCCCUCUCUCUCUCUCUCUCUCUCUCUCUCUGUGUCGCAGUCACAGUGAACCAUCUCCAUCUCUCUCCUGCUCCCUCGUUCUCUCUCUGUCUGUCUUAAGUAUGAAGGGGCUGGGAGAGCUAGGCCCUUGCUCUCUCUCUCUCCAUUGCUUUCUCCUCCUCUCCUCCCCUCCCUCGGCUCGUACUCGCUGCUCUCUCGCUGGAAGACGAGAAGGAGGAGGAGGAGGGGGGGGGAAAUGGCGAUGGGGGGAUGCGGCGAGGAGGAUCUCUCCCUCUCCCUCUCUUCUUCCUGGCCGUCGCUAGGCCCCAUGAAUAGGAGUGUCUGGUUCAUUUACAGGUACUGGCUGUUUUUGAUUUCUCACUGGUCGCAGGGCUUGAGGAUAGAGGGAUGGUGAGAGGGAGGGAGGGAUAGAGGGAGGGAGAGAGAGAGAGAGAAGCAUGCAUGUGGACAUGGAUGGUAGACUGGAGUGAUUAGGAAGACAGAUGGGAUGUGUUGCAAUGCAUGAGCCUGUGCGUGCGUCCGUGUGUGUGUGUGUGUGUGUGUGUAGUGAGGAAGGAGAGACGCAUGCACAGCCCGGUACCGUUACCGGUAACGUUACAGCCUAGCUUUGUCUCCAUGUACAUUAAUCGCUGUCUCUCCCUCUCCCUCCCCUCCCCUCUCCCUCUCCCUCUCCCUCUCCCUCCUCUCCUCUCCUCUCCUCUCCUCUCCUCUCCUCUCCUCUCCUCUCCUCUCCCUCUCCUCUCCCUCCUCUCCUCUCCUCUCCUCUCCUCUCCUCUCCUCUCCUCUCCUCUCCUCUCCUCUCCUCUCCUCUCCUCUCCUCUCCUCUCCUCUCCUCUCCUCUCCUCUCCUCUCCUCUCCGUGUCUGUAUGUCUUCUUUCAGUAGCAACACUGUACUGACACAACUGUCUGAUAAUUGCUGCUUCUCUCAUCUGCAGAAUGCGUGUGUGUCGUGUUUGUGGGUUUAUGUGUGAGUGUGUAUCUGGGUCUUUGUGUGUAACGGUCUGUGAGCUGUUGUUGAUUGAGAACAAGGUAUAGGAGGCAGAUCUAUAACAUGUAUUCCCGCUAGUUGCGCUGCUUCAACUGUGUCUGCAUAUGGUGUGUGUUAUCAAUGUGUGCACCUGUGUAUGUGUCCAAACAUUAGUGUGCAUGUGGUAUAAGAGGAUAAGAAGUAGUUUGAGGGGUGCAUGACAUGCCGUGUCAUGUGUGGCAGUCCCCAUGGCUAUGCUUCUAGAUUAUGUUACCAAUACUUAUAGCAGAGCUGGGACGAUAAACCGACCAUACCGAUCACUUAACGCAGGCAUUUUGCUGUUAUCGUUCAUUACGAUAAGUAGCCUAUACUAGAAAAUUUUGAAGUUUGAAAUGCUAAUAUGGGUGAUUGUUAAUGGGACAACCAUCAAACUAGUAGUAGUAGUUUAAAGGAUCAUUAAAUAAAACUGUGGUGACAUUAAUGUUAUAAACUCAUCAUUCUAUUUAUCGGUAUCAGAUCAAUUCAGGCAAUUUAUCGUGAUAUGGAGUUUUGUCCACAUCACCCAGCUCUAACUUAUAGAUUGUGUUGCAUGGAUCAGUUACUUUGGAGAUACAGUAGGUAUGUAUGUUGGAGAUAGAUAUAUUGGAGAAACAUGGUUAGAUGAUUGUGUUGUGUUAUUACGGUAUGCACAACCUUGAGUUGGUGACAGACUUGAUGACAGGGGAGCUUGUGUUAGUAUAGAUACCACUGGGCUGCAGUCCAGGGGAAUAUUAGUGUGGGGAACCUAACCAACCCAACAAACCCUUAGGUGUGCCGGGGUCUGGAAUGAGACCUUAUUCCCUAUAUAGAUCCCAUGCAUCUCUGAUCAACAGUAGUGCACUAGGCUAUAUUAUGAGGAAGAAGGUGUCAUUACAGAUGGAUACAGUCCAUGAUUGUGUGGUGCUCAUUGGUUCAUGCUGGCAAAUGACUGUAUUUAAGUGAGUUGCUAUGCCAGUGACUGUAUUUAAGUGUGUUGCUAUGCCAGUGACUGUAUUUAAGUGAGUUGCUAUGCCAGUGACUGUAUUUAAGUGAGUUGCUAUGCCAGUGACUGUAUUUAAGUGAGUUUCUAUGCCAGUGACUGUAUUUAAGUGAGUUGCUAUGCCAGUGACUGUAUUUAAGUGAGUUGCUAUGCCAGUGACUGUAUUUAAGUGAGUUGCUAUGCCAGUGACUGUAUUUAAGUGAGUUGCUAUGCCAGUGACUGUAUUUAAGUGAGUUGCUAUGCCAGGGGAGGGGACUGCAUGAUAGAAGCAGAGGGGUGGGGCUUGGAGUAUAGUCAAGCAACAUACACUAUGGAAACAUUAUUACAGGUAAACAGUAUGUUGUAUGUCUAUAUAUAUCAUAUUAUUAUGAUUAUUCAUACAGUAUGACAGUAUGUAGAUCGAUUUAUUCAUAGACAUAGAAAAAGAAGUGAGAAGGGGGCAAGCAACUGGGAGGACUAAAGAGAGAGAGAGAGAGAGAGAGAGAGAGAGAUGAACAGAUGGAAUUGGCUGGGACUAUUGUAGGGGGCACAGUAGGAUUAUCAGCAUGUGGGUACAGUAUGUUACAGUAGAGACAGUAUCUAUAGAACACCUGACUAACUGACUGGCUGUUUCCAUUCACACUCCCUCCCAUCAUACUGCCUGACUCACUGCUGGACCACAUGCAUCACUCAUUGACUUACUGAUUCAUUGACUGAAUGGGAAACUGAAUGGACUUCUGGAUUGCAUAAUUCAGUAGCUGGCUUGCUGAUUCACUGACUCAGUGACACACUAGCUGGUUGAAUGUUUGGAUGACUGGUGUACUAACUAAACUAGGUCAUCCAAAGGGGAUCAAGUGACUGACAUGCAGGUUCUUGUGGGUAUUCUUACUUCUUCUGUGGUCUUUCCAUGAUAGCUCCGUGUACUAUAGUUAGAUAGCAACUGGAAACUGCCAAUUAUCGUCAUCUCCCAUACUCAUUAUCCCCUGUUUAUUCAUGAGGCUAUUUUAGCGAGGCAGACAAACAUAACCUAACUGCCAUUGUAUCUCUUUAUUGGCUCUACAUGUGAGGAUUCUUAUUGUUCUUCUUUGGAUGACAACUUCUGUGCCAUUAGAGCGCCUAGCUUUGCAUACAUUGCUCUCUUCCAGUGUAGUCAGACCUCUCUAUAUUACACCAGCUAGCUCCUACGUCCAGUAGCUUGUUGCUCAGGCAACCGCCACUAUCAUAUAUAGCCUAGCAUCUUAGAGAGUGAGGUUCUAGAACAACAUCUCUGGUCUUUCUGUCAACCAACUCAGCGCAAUCUUACUGUACCUCGCCUAGUUGCCAACCCAAAGCUGCCAACCGAGCCCCUGGUCUGGUGCAUUAUGUCAUCAGCUGACCCCUGACCCCAGAGAGGACACAGGAAAUACAAACCCACUGCCCAGCUCUGGGGAGCCGAGUCAGGGCGGAGUCAGUUAAAUGUAUUCAUUCAUGUGCUUUAAAAAUUUGCCCUCAUUUCAGAAGGUCCCUGAACCCUCCCACCUCCCUCUCUCUCCCAGGAUUAAGGCUCCCUCCUGGUGCAGUGUGCAGGGGUGGAUACCUAUCUCCUAUCUCUCUCUCACACGCUCAAUCUCUCUCUCUCUCCUUCCUGCCGUCCUCUUUCUUCCUCUCCUUUUUUUAAUGUAUCUCAUGUUAUCUCUCUAACUGUCUCUCCCCAUCUCUCUCUUAGUGACUAUAUCAUCAAGGAGAAGACAGUGCUUCUGCAGAAAAAAGACAGUGAGGGUUUUGGCUUUGUGCUGAGAGGAGCCAAGGGUAAGGAAAUACGUGCGCUCAGCUGUUGAUAGAUAUACAGACAGGCCUUUAAUGAACAGGCACACACACACACACACACGCACGCGAACACAGACGAACACACUUGGACAGUCUCACUGUGCUGCAUCUAUUUCAUCAGUCUAGUUAUUACAGUCGUUAUGACAUAAUGUUUGUGACCCCUCAGCUCAGACUCCCAUCGAGGAGUUCACCCCCACCCCAGCCUUCCCAGCACUGCAGUACCUGGAGUCUGUCGACGAGGGAGGCGUGGCCUGGAGAGCCGGUCUGAGAAUGGGAGACUUCCUCAUUGAGGUGUGUGCUGCUGGGGCAUGAUGGGAGCUGUAGUUGGAUUCUUCACAAUUACUGUUAUUCGGAAAAAUCACAUGGACUUCCCUUCUUCUUCUUCUUCUUCUUCUUCUUCUUCUUCUUCUUCUUCUUCUUCUUCUUCUUCUUCUUCUUCCCCUCUAUUUCUCUCUCCCUCCCCCUCUCAGGUGAAUGGUCAGAAUGUGGUGAAGGUGGGCCACAGGCAGGUGGUCAACAUGAUCAGGCAAGGUGGAAACGCCCUCAUGGUCAAGGUUGUCAUGGUAACACGCAACCCUGAUAUGGAGGAUGGCCAAAGAAAGAAAAGUAAGAGACAACACAGGGUCUGGAACUAUGACGAUGAUGAUGAUGAUGAUGAUGAUGAUGAGUAUGAGGACGAUGACGAGGAUGAUGAUGCUUUCCUUUCUCCACAGUCCCCCAGCAGAGUAAAAGACUAAGCACCCCAGCCAUCGCUCUGCGCUCCAAAUCCAUGACCUCAGAACUGGAGGAGAUGGGUAAGACAUGGGGGAGACAGGUUGGGUUCUGGGUAGUGAAUGAAAGAGAGAAGGACAGAGGAGGAAAGGGAGACCAGGAAUAUAAAGAGAGCGAAAGAGCUAGCACAUAUAGAAGGAAUACAAAGGAUCUAUAACAGAGGGAGAUGUAAGCCUGGAGAUUGAUAGAGAGAAGUGAUGAGAAGAGAAGGUGAAGACAGGAGGGAUGGGUAGAGCUAAAGAUACAUGAAGAGAAAAAAGCGAGAGAGCCCUAAAAAAGAAAGAACUCACUGGGCACAGACGUCAAUUCAACGUCUAUUCCACGUUGGUUCAACGUAAUUUCAUCGAAAUGACGUGGGAAAAAACAUUGAUUCAACUAGUGUGUGCCCAGUGGGAAAGGAAAGGCAAAAGCGGAUGCAAAGUCACAGAGAGGUAUGCUGUGAUGGAGAGGGGGAAGCAAGAGAGGCAGAGAAGUGCCACUGUUAUAUACUGCCAUUGAGUGUCCCAGGAAAAGUGGUUAGAACCUUAAGGGUGACAGCACAGCAUUGUUAGGGUACCAACAUGGAUGAGAGUCUCAAUGCAUUUCACUGUUCUUUCAGAGGUUCCACACUGUCACUUCCAGCACCCCCACUACAGGUAACCCCCCAAACAAUGUCCUCACCCACCCCCUGAUCCUUCUCACUUCUCUUACCCCCUGACCCCCUUUACCCCCCAGCCUCCAGCCGUCAGCCCUAUAACCCUAGCACCCCCAGACCAGUCCCACGUCUCCACAAACAGACCUACACUGGCUGAGUGUGUUGUUGCCAGGGUAACACUGCAGGGGGUGGGUGUCACUCGGAGGGAGACUACUGUAGCUGCUGCUGUGGUCUCUACUGAGCAUGCUCACUGGGCCCAUGAUGAUGAUUUAUGGGAGCAGAUCAUAUGAGAGGCAAGCGGGAGCCUCUGAGGAUUCCCUAUCUGAUCCUAGGUCAGAUUCCAGCUCAUUCCAAUAGACUCCCACAUGUCACUCUCCCUUACAUUACUCCUGUCCUCAAUACACACUGCUUAUUAUCUCCUGAAGUGGAGAGCCAAGAUAGGAUCCAGAUGGUUGGGUAGCUACUAGCUCACUGUACCCCUGACUAUCCCCUCAUCACCACUCUCUGUGGUCCAACCCCCCUGACUAUCCCCUCAUCACCCCUCUCUGUGGUCCAACCCCCCUGACUAUCCCCUCAUCACCCCUCUCGUGAUCCAACCCCCCUGACUAUCCCCUCAUCACCCCUCUCUGUGGUCCAACCCCCCUGACUAUCCCCUCAUCACCCCCUCUCUGUGGUCCAACCCCCCUGACUAUCCCCUCAUCACCCCUCUCUGUGGUCCAACCCCCCUGACUAUCCCCUCAUCACCCCUCUCUGUGGUCCAACCCCCUGACUAUCCCCUCAUCACCACUCUCUGUGGUCCAACCCCCCCUGACUAUCCCCUCAUCACCCCUCUCUGUGAUCCAACCCCCCUGACUAUCCCCUCAUCACCCCUCUCUGUGGUCCAACCCCCCCUGACUAUCCCCUCAUCACCCCUCUCUGUGGUCCAACCCCCCUGACUAUCCCCUCAUCACCCCUCUCUGUGGUCCAACCCCCCUGACUAUCCCCUCAUCACCCCUCUCUGUGGUCCAACCCCCAACCCCCCUGACUAUCCCCUCAUCACCCCUCUCUGUGGUCCAACCUCCCUGACUGACUGAUUGACACACAGCAUGAGUACCCGCCCCCACAGACACCCCCUGCCCUGCCCUGAUCUCCCCUCACCUGUAAACCAAUGAUCACUACCCCUAUAGUAUGUAACACCCCAAACCUACACUACACUAAUGUUGCAACCCCUUGUCCCACUACUACACAAACCUUAAUACUGUAACAGCAGUAUAUAUACUGUAUAACCCCACACAUACAUAACCCCUGACAAGGGAGAUAAUACAACUAUACCCUCCAUAUUUAAUGCAUAACCAUACAGUAGAUAUAUUUGUAUUAUUUAAUCUUCAUAAACAAACAUAUACUAUAAAGAUCUCUUUUCAUACAAAAGUCUGUCCUGCAACUGUUCUUUAUGGAUCAACUUCCGCUCCUCAUUCCAUAAGCGUGUUCUCUAAAGCAGAAUGCGUGAUCGAGCCAUAUCAGCCUCUGCCAUAUGCUUAUUCUAAUGCCAUGAAUGAAUAUAGCUCCCUCUGACAAUGCCCAUUAAACUAUCUCACCCUCUAUGUUUGGUGCAGUGUCCCAGUUCACCUAGAAGUCACACUGCAAGAUAGCACCAGCACGUAUUAUAACAUGGACAUGAUAUCACACCCUUACCUGAGUUCUUCAGCAUUGUUUUAACAGCACCUUUCUAUUCUAAAGCAGUAGCCUAAGCGUCGAUUAGAAGGCUAAUGACAGUAUGCUAUCUUUCUUUUUACUGGAAAGUUGUUAUACAGUUAUUACACACAGUGUUGUUUUCUAAACUUUCCUACCACUCACCACCUCUAAAAACGUUGUCCCCACAAUACACAAAUUCACACACUCACAGGGGGCUGUUUGAACACCUCUCUAAAACCGUCUGUAGAACCCUAUGGUCUACUCACGGUCGUGUUCAGUGUUUUAACCACUAACUCUGUCUUUCCUCUGAACUCGCUGCACUUCCCUGUGGUGGGGACGCUUCACAGUGGAGAGAGGUGAGAGACAUCUCCAAGCUGUUGUGUGUGUGUGUGUGUGUGUGUGUGUGUGGUGUGUGUGUGUGUGUGUGUGUGUGUGUGUGUGUGUGUGUGUGUGUGUGUGUGUGUGUGUGUGUGUGUGUGUGCAUGCAAGUGUGCAUGCGUGUGUACGCAAAGAGGACACAGACACCUCUGAUUGCAGCACACAUAGCAAUAUGAGUAUUACUUAUUACAAUGAUGGUGUAACCGUAAGUGCCAAAGUUAACAUCUGCCUUUGCCUUGUCUUCAGCUGCUACCCCCUGGAAAAAGAAAUCUGGUACGAUUCACAAAUUCCUUUUAUGCUUUGUGUUUGUAGCUAUUAAAACUGCAAACGUCUCUGCUAGCCAGUUAGCGUUCAGUCAGCUUUCUGGGUUUUUCCGUUUCCUUUCAGAAUUUGAGUCUUCACAAGUUACAGAGAAGAAGAGGACAGUCUAUCAGAUGGCUUUGAGUAAGAGACUUCAUAUCCAUGUACAGCAUCAGGGGAAUAGCUGGGCUUUAUUUUUCACAUAUCAACCAAUUCCCCCUCAGUGGGUGGAUGUGUGGUGGACUGUUUGUUGGCUUGAUUUGACCCUCUCUUCUCUUCUCUCCCCUCCCUCACCCUUUCCCUCCUCCACUCUAUCGCAUCCUCUUCUUGUUAUCCUUCUCUAACCUCUAUACCACUUGCUCUCUCUCUCUCUGCGUCUCUCUCUCGCUCUCCAUCUCUCUCUCUUUCUCUCUCUCUCGCCGUCUCUCAGAUAAACUAGAUGAGAUUCUGGCAGCAGCUCAGCAGACAAUCAGCACCACUGAGGGGCAAGGGACGCGGGGUCAGGGUACAAGGAGAGACAGGAGCCGGGGCUCCUUUUACGCCAACGAGGUGUGUGUGUUCGCGUGCGUGCGUGUGUGUGCGAGCUCGUGUUCACUGGUGCGAUCACCUGUCAUGAGGUUGAGAGGAACAGUUUGUCCAGUAGUGUUCCUAUGAUAACACCCACAUUUUAAGGAGAUGCUACACAAUGUCAUUUAGUGGGUUAUCUUGAUGCAACACUCAUACAAAUAAGAUUUAUUUGACUGCCUAAGCUACUGUACUACUAGAUAUGAAUAGUGACGCUAUUUUAUGCACUUACAGUACCACAGUCUGCAAUGUUUAUUCUGUUAUAUAAGUUAUAUACUGUAAGUUAUAUCCUUUCUGUUAUAUAAGUGAUAUACUGUAAGUUAUAUCCUUUCUGAACAUUGUCCUUUGUUCCCUCUUCCCGCUCUUGCUGUGCAGCCAAAUUACGACCAAUCAGAAAUUGGGAUGACAGGACUGGGCUAUGACCACGCCCAGUUCACAUCAGGCCACGCCCCCCCGCACGGUAUGCUGCGACAGAAAUCCAUUGGUGAGGCUAUCUGUCUGUCCGUCUGUCUGUCCUCUAGACUCUUAAAGGCCUGUGCUGUAAUACACUGUUUGUCUGUAGCUGUAGUAUACCAUGUGCAUCUAGUCUACCUGUUCUGUUCUGUCUCUGUCCUGCAGUUAACAUACAUGUUACUCUGGUUCAUGUUGUAGUAUGUUUCUGCUGUGGAGUAUAGCAGUUUAUAUGUGUUGUACUGUACUAAAAUGUAUGUGCUCUCCAUUGUACUAGUUUUAUGGGUUUGUAGGCUGGUACACUGUAGCUAGGAGCUGUUCAUCACAGAAGCUGAGCUGGGCUGGAACUGUGGUUCAGUGUGACACAGCUAAAGACUAUGGACUUCUCCUGUGACUUGCCAAGUAAACAUAACCUGUUUAUUGUGGUAUAAGGUUCUACAAUGUCAGUUUCUGUACUUUUACCAGUACAUACAGAGUGAUAUUGAUGGGCAUCAUAUCUCUGCUAGAGGAUAGACAGACUUACAGAUGAAUGAGAGGACUGCCUGACAAUUAGACAGACGGGCAGGCAGUUACAAAGACAGACAGACAGCCUCCCACAUUAAUCAUCUGUUCUUUUGUUCUAGCAGUAUUUUCUCUGUACCAUUCCUCUACCACUCUCUCCUCCAUCCCUCACCCAUCUGAUCGCUCUGCUCUGUCUCUCUCAUCCAUCCCUAUACCUCAGUCCCUCUCUCUCUCUCUUUCAUCAGUCCUUUUCAUCCUUCUCUUGUAUCUCUGUCUGUGGUGUACUGCAGGGGUGACUGAAGAGGAGAAGUCCCAUCUCAAUCCUCCGGCCAUGAAGUUUGCCCGUAGUCUCUCGGUUCCCGGCCCAGAUGACAUCCCCCCGCCCCCCACCACUGCCCCGCCAGACCCCCCCUUCUCCUCCGCCCCGCCCCUGGGCUGGAGAGGGGGCAAGUCUUCCCAGCAGCCCUCUGUGGCCGUGUCCCAGUCCACCUCCACGGCAGCCCACUACCAGCUCUACUCUCAGUCUGUGCACUUCACCCACGGGGGCCGUGAAAGGGCAGGGGGCCCCAGCACCGGCCAGGGAGGCGGAGGGGUGGACCACACGCACCAGUACUCUAAUGCCCCCGCCCACUCCGCUCAGAGCAGGACUGCCUCUAGGAAAGGGGGCUACCCAGGGGAGCCUGUUGGAGCAGGGGGAGGGAGGGGGGGGCCAAGGCUGCAGGUCUAAGGAGGGGCCACAGUAACGCCCCACCUUCCAGCGGUGCCACAGUGAUGCCCCAGCAGCAGCAGACCACCCAGAGCCAGGCCGCAGCGGGCAGAGCGCAGUGCUGCGGGGGGGGCUGGAGAGGGGGUACCUAAAGGAGGGGGGGCGCGGAGAGGGAAGGGCCCCCUGGUGAAGCAGUCCAAGGUGGAGGACCUGCGUGCUAGCCAGGGCACGCUGGGAGGCAAGGCUCCAGUGGAGAAGAGCUCCAUCCCCAUCCCCACCAUCAUAGUCAAGGCCCCCUCCAUCAGCAGUGGCAGUGGCCGAAGCAGCCAGGGUAGCAGUGUGGAUGCCGAGCCCACCCCACCAGGGGAGACUGACAGAACCCAACCCCUCCACGGACCCCCUUCCACCCCAGCCCCGCAACCCCCUGCUCCCCCCUCCAUCCCGGCCCCUCCACCCCCCUCCCUCCGAGGCCAGGAUAGUGACUUCACCAGCCAAUUUGGGGCAGCCAUUGUGGGCGCAGCCCGCCGGGACAGGGAACGCUUCCAUGAGGCCCGCAGGAAGAGCACCUCCAUCUUCAUGUCUGCCGAGGAGGAGGUGGGGCCAGGGGGAGGAGGGGCAGGCAGGACUCAGGCCUCCCAGCAGCAGCAGUUCAGCCCCCAGCCUGGUGGCCCCUCCCCACGCCUCCGGCCUUCCAAGUCCAUCGACGAGGGCAUGUUCUCUGGAGACACCUUCAUCCACCACACCCGCAGCAUGCCCCCUGCCUUCGGCCUGCCGGAGUACUCCUCCCCGGCUCCAGACUACCAGCCCAAGUCUGUUCCGGCUGACUUCUACGGGGCGUCAGGCCGGCAGCAGCAGCAGGUCCCCUCUGGCACCACCUUCAUCCACCCCCUGACAGGAAAGGUCCUGGACCCCUCGUCCCCCCUGGGCCUGGCCCUGGCUGCCAGGGAGCGCGCCCUGAAGGACGACGGCAAGAUGAGGAGGGAGAGAGGGGCCGAGCACCAGUUUGGACGACAGAUGUCCAGUGUGGUGGCAUUCCCCCCCCAGGCAACCUCCCCCACGCCGGCUUCCUCAGCCACCCAUUCCUCCAGCUCCUCCUACCUGGUCACCUCCUCCUCCCUAGCCGCCACCACCUCCUCCACUGGCCGACCCCCCUCCCCCAGGAUCCUCAGGGGUGCAGGUUGGGGCGAGGAGGGGGGAGGAGGGGAGCGGGAGAGGGAGGGUGGCGGGGCCAGAGAGGGGCUGAGGGUGCGCUUCUCUGAGGACAAAACAGUCCACAUGCAUCACUACCAGUCCCAGCACUAUCAACCAACCUACAGGGAGGAAAGACAGAGGGAGAGGUCAAGAGAGAGGGAGAGGUCAAGAGAGAGGGAGAGGUCCAGAGAAAGAGAGCGGGACAGAGACCGGGACAGAGAGGGGUACAUGAGGCAGCAGACAGCCCCUACCCAGCAGCCCCCUCAGCCGUCGUCCCAGCAGUCUCGCCCGCCCUCCUUUCUGAGGAUGGAGAGUGAGGCAGGUGCCUACAUCCUGUCUCUCACCCCUCCAUCUCCCCCUGCUACAGCCGCCCCAUCUCACCCUCAGGGGGGAGGGGGUUCUGCGGGCAGUGGCCUCAUGGUUCUGCCGCCCCCUGCCCCCUCGGUGGAUGUGGAUGAUGAGUUUGUCUUUGCGGACCCACUGCCCCCUCCCCUGGAGUUUGCCAACAGCUUUGACCGGGGUAUGGGUGGGAGGUCAGGGUACACACACCGCGCCAUUAUCAACAACCUGGCCUCCCGCCAGCAGCAGCCCCCACCGCCUCCCCCUCCUCCCCCACCACCCCCUCCAAAAGACAUGUUUAUCAGCGGGUUCCCGGCCCACAACCCCCUACCCUCCCCACAGGCGGGGGACUCCACGACCUCCAGCCUUACCUCCUAUGACAGUGAGGUGGCCAACCUGACCCAGUCAGGAAACUCCCCCACUCAGACAUCACCCAACCCCCUCCCUCCACCCUCACCCUCCGGCCUCCAGCCCAUAGGACCUCCGCCUCCCCCCUCUGUCUCUCCCCCACCCCCACCCAGCUCCUUCCACAGACCCUCCCUUGCCAUGACCCACUCUCACCACCUCUACAACAGCACGCACACCGGGCGCUCCUCCCCUUCCCAUGGGCGUUCCUCUCCCACUCCUCCUCCCAAAGGGCGCUCCUCCCCCACUCCUCCUCCCAAAGGGCGCUUCUCCCCCACCCAGGGUCGCUCCUCCCCCACCCAGGGUCGCCCCUCCCCCAUCCAUAGGAGCUCAUCCUCCACUCCUCCUCCCCACUCCAUUGCAGGGCCCCCAUCCUACCAUGGUCCCCCUCCCAUCUCCUCCACCGCAGCCUCCUCUGGCCCCUUCCGGGGCUCUGCAGCCCUGACCUCCACUGCUACCUGUGCCACCACCACCACUGCUGCCACCACCACGAGGACCUCAGUCCAGCCCCACCAGGACAGGACACACCCAGCCCCCUCUGGUUCUACAGCGGCCGGCCGCAGGAUAGGGGAGCACCACCCUCACCCCACAGCCAAGGCAGGGGAGUCCCAGGAGACGGUGGUGGACUCUGGGAUAGAGGAGCUGGACAGCCGCAGCAGCAGUGACCACCACCUAGACAGCAUCCUGGCCAUGAGCGGAGGCGCUAGAGAGAGGCUGGAAGAGAGGCUAGAGAGAGGGAGGGAGGGAGGAGGGAUGGGAGGAAUUGGAGGAGGAGGAGGAGGGGAGGGAGGAGCAGACCUCCUGGAGUCGUACAUGAGCUACCUGGACGGACAGACGUUUGACAUGCACAACACCACGGCCGCUGUCUCCACCUACCCCAAAUCAGGCAGGUUCAGGGAGGGGGGCCGCGCAGCUGAACUACGCAGAGAGACCAGUACCGCCCCACCCUCCUUCCAGUCACACAGACGGAGGAAGGAUGAGGAGGAGGAGGGCGAGGAAGGAGAGGAGGAGGACGAUGGAGGACGGGAUGGUUAUGGGAAGACACAGAAUUUGGGGCGUCCCACCUCGCCCUACUUUGACAGGCCCCGGACCCCUGAGAUGAAGCCUCUGUGGGGGUCAGAGGGUCAGUUAGUAGGGGAACAGGGGGCCUACCUGGAGGCCAGGAGGCUGUACCCCCCCAUGUCCAGCAUGAAGGCCAGCAUCAUCAAUGAGCUCAGCAACAAACUGCAGCAGAGAGGAAGCCAGAGAUCGCUAAGUAGACACAGGUACACUUUCUAUAAUAUGUUAGGGGAUAUUUGGUGAGGUUGUGCAUGUUGAUACGGAUAAAAUCACCACUGUUGUAUUAUAUUCAGUAGACCAAAGAUUUCAUUACAAAUGCGUGCAUGUUUUACAUCAGUGGAGGCUGCUGAGGGGAGGACGUGUCAUAAUAAUGUCUGGAACGGAGAAAUGGAAUGGCAUCAAACACCUGGAAACCAUGGAAACCAUGUGUGUGAUAUAUUUGAUACCAUUCCACUGAUUCCGCUCCAGCUGUUACCACGAGCCCAUCCUCCACAAUUAAGGUACCACCAACCUCCUGUGUUGUAAACAUCAAUCAACACAGCGAUCUCUUGUCCUGGCGCUACUUGUUAUGUAUUUCGUUGGAAUGGGUGAGUUUGUGUGUGUGCGUGCGUGAGUGUUUUACUAUGUAAAUUCUUCCCCACUUUAAUGUCCCAUGCUUUUGUCUCCGUCUGCUUUAUGUCUCUCCUCCACCAGAAACAGGUAAUUGCACUCCUCCUUUCUGUUUGACUGGACAUAAAACGUUACCCCUUUCUUCAAUUUACUGCCUGUGUUUCAACAGCAAGAGAAAGGAAAGCAAGUUCAUGUCUACUCAACACAACUUUAAUAGCAAUUAGCUGCUGUUAACAUCCAGAGCAUAAAAUUGAUAGCCAAUCUAACAGCGGCCAUCUUCAGGUUUAGGCUACUAGUGAAUAGUGGUGGUGAGGUUGGGUAAUGUGUUAUGAAUAGCCCCUUUAUGUACUGUAUGUACAGUAUGUGUGACUCUCUUUCUCUCACUUCCUCCUGUCUCAUUCCUUCUUUUCUGUCCCCAGGUUUUCAGAAGACUCCGCCUCGGCCCUGAGCCCCCCCUCAGUUCGUUCCCUGUCCCCCUCCCCUAUCCACCACUCCCAGCCCGCCCUGUCCCUGUCCCCCACCCCUUCCUCCCAGUACCCCAACUGGAACCAUCCCCCGUCCCCCCAGCCCCCUGUGGCUGCCGUACAGCCCCCUCCACGCCCCAACUCCCCCAUGUCCUCCCCCACCUACUCCCCUUAUCCCACCUCCCCUAAACACCGGCCUGUGUAUCGCACCAAAGCCCUGGAGUUCCAGUUCAUUCCAAGUAGAGAGUCCAGGAAGGCAGAGUCCCACCACCUGCAGCGUAGGCGAGCCCCCAGUCCCCUCAUAUCCCCCUCAGAGAGGCCCAAACUGGGUCCACCCCGCCCCUCCUCCCUCCCCCUCCUCCCUACCACACCCCUCUACAGCAGCCUCUACGAGCUCCGCGGCUCCAUCACCCCUCCCUCGCCCGCUAACCACAUGGGUGACCCCUACUUCUCCCCCUCCCCUCCUCUCUUUGCCCCCUCUGGCGCCCCUCCUCCCCCAAACGCCUCCCUGUUGGUGUCUCGCUCCCUCUCCCCCACCCACUUUCUAUCUGGUACCUCAUCACCUCCCCUGCACCCUCUCCCCGCUCCCCCCUGCCUGAGCUACCCCCACCUCCCUCCCCCAUCCCCCUCCAAGCCCUUUGCCUCCAAGCCACUGCCUUAUUGGACCAAAUAUGACGUGGCUGAUUGGCUGGGAUACCUGAACCUGGGCGAGCACCGGGAGCAUUUCCUGGACAACGAGAUCGACGGUACUCACCUGCCCUCCCUCACCAAGGAGGACUAUCUGGACCUGGGGGUGACGCGCGUGGGACACCGCAUGAACAUUGAACGUGCUCUGAAGAGAGUGACUGACAGGUAAGUGGGAGAGAGAUGGGUGGAUGAGAGGGAGCAGGGUGAGAGGAUAAGAGCAUAGAGAUAGGCCUGUCUUGUAAAAUAAACCAAGAUAGAACAAAUCCUAUGCCAGGUUGUAAACCUCUGCCUAUCCCCCUCUCCUGUCUUGCUCUUUCAUGUCUCUCUCCUGGCUGUCUCUCUUGUCUCUCUCCUAUCUCUCUCCUGUCUCUCUCUCGUCUCUCUCCUGUCUCUCUCUUGUCUCUCUCUCCUGUCUCUCUCUCGUCUCUCUCCUGUCUCUCUCUUGUCUCUCUCUCCUGUCUCUCUCUUGUCUCUCUCUCCUGUCUCUCUCUUGUCUCUCUCCUGUCUCUCUCUCCUGUCUCUCUCUCCUGUCUCUCUCUCUUGUCUGUCUCCUGUCUCUCUCUCUUGUCUCUCUCCUGUCUCUCUCUCCUGUCUCUCUCUUGUCCCUCUCUCUCUCUUUUGUCUCUCUCCCGUCUUUCUCUGGUUUCUUUCAUGUCUCUCUCUCUCCCGUCUCUUGAAUUGAAAUCAGGCUCAAAAUUCAUGAAUGUGUUAUUCAGAUAGUAUGGCACUGGGGCAGGUCUUGCUCUUGUUAAAGCAUCCAUUAAUGGCUCAAAAAAAUUAAAAACAUGACUUUAAUCUCUUUUCUCUUUCCCAAGGCUCUCCAGCUCUCCUUUUCCCAUUUCUGCUCUGUCACCACGAGGAAGAAGGGAUGAUGGG